AUGUUGUUGGCACCCUCUUUGUCCCUAUCUCCCGAAGAUUCCCCGUUCACCACUUCACUGCCUCCUCUACACCCACCUCCAGUGGCGCAGCCACCUCUAGCACCACCAGUCGUGUCCCCGCCAUCUCCGCCAACAAAUACUGCAUCUCCGUUUGGUUCUCCACGACCGCCCUUGGCCCCAAUAUCAACCACGGUAACUCCACCUCCGUUUCUCCCCGUGGCAUCUCCCCCACCUAUGGCCUUUGCUAUAAGUCCUGUUACUCCUCCAACGCCUCCAACACUACCGGUUUUUACUUCACCACCACCACCACUUGCCGCUGCUACCAUUAGUCCAGUAGCUUCUCCACCUCCUCCCCAGCCACCAUCAUUGGUUAUUCCUUCCCCAUCGCUCCCCACAACUCCUGCUCCUCCGCAUCCCCCAGCACCAGCAUUGGUUAUUCCUUCCCCACCGCUCCCCACAACUCCUUCACCUCCUCAAACAUCUACAUCUUUGCCAUCAACUUCGCCAUUGCCAUCUCCCACUCCACCAUCUUCACCAUCAGUUAUUCUUCCAUCUCCAGCAAAAACAGCUCCCUCUCUCCCUCCACCAAGGCCACCUAUUGAUCCACCAUCAUUUACUUUGGUGUCUCCACCACCUCCUACAGUUUCUCAUUCUAUUCCUAACACUCCGGUGUCGUCUCAGGGAUUUCCAUUGCCUACACCACCACCAUCAUUCCCCCUAGCAGUUGAAAAAGGAGGUUUGCCAACCACAAGGCAAGGGUCACAUUCUCCAAUUGGGCUUAUAGUUGCAUGUAUUGGUGUUGGAAUUCUACUGUUUGUUGUGUUUGCACUCAUGUUCAUUUGUUGUAAACUUAGAAGGAGAAAACAGAAGUCUUCCGCGGAUAAUAGAAAACAACAAUGUUGGGUAACUGAAGAUGACUUUUUUACUGCUCCAAACCAACCUGAACCAGAAAAAGUUGCCCGACCAGGAGCCCAUGUUAUCAAAGUGCUACCAAAAGCCCUGCCUCCACCACAGCUCAACAAUUCUAAAGGCUCUGGCUCUAAUAAUUCAAUAACUGUUACUGCCCAUAUCACCUUGAAUUCCUCAAGUGGCAUUUUUACCUAUGAUGAAUUAGUCGUGGCCACCAAUGGCUUUUCUGAAUCCAACCUCCUUGGACAAGGCGGUUUUGGUUACGUCCACAAAGAAGUCCUGCCGAGUGGGCAAGAAGUUGCAGUUAAGAAAUUAAAGGCUGGAAGCCAACAGGGGGAGCGUGAAUUCCAGGCUGAGGUUGAGACUAUAGUACAUCACAAACAUCUUGUUUCCUUGGUUGGAUACUGCAUUGCUGGGGCUGAGAGGUUGCUUGUUUAUGAGUUUGUUCCAAACAAAACCUUGGAAUUCCACUUGCAUGGUUAGUCUUAUUUCCUUCUCUUGUAUGAUAAACAAUUCCGGUGGAUCUAUCUGUUGAAAGGUUGAUUUCCCAAUAAGCUAAAGCUUUCUUGGUGGAUAAUGGUUCAUACAGGUAGUCCAACAAUCAUUCAUCGUGAUAUCAAAGCAGCUAAUAUUCUUCUUGAUCCUCAAUUUGAGGCGAAGGUUUCUGACUUUGGACUGGCCAAAAUUUUCUUUGAUGCAAGUUCCUCCAUUACUCACAUCUUCACCAGAGUGGUGGGAACUUUUGGAUACCUUGCUCCAGAGUACGCAUUGACUGGUAAAUUAACAGAAAAAUCAGACGUAUAUUCCUAUGGCGUCAUGCUUUUAGAGCUUAUAACUGGACGUCCACUAAUCAUCAAGAAUGAAUCCUCCAUAAAUCAGAGCCUGGUUGACUGGACGAGGCCUUGGCUAGCUCGUGCACUGGAAGAUAACGAUUUUGAUGCUCUUGGUGAUCCAAGGUUACACGGCGUUUACAACAAGAGCGAGAUGGCAAGCAUGGUCACAUGUGCUGCUGCUUGUGUCACGGGUCGAGACUUAAGCUCCGAACCCGCGUGGCUUCAGGACCCGGGCAUUCACCCUUUCGGCGUCCCGAAUCAGCCUGACCGCCACGGUUCACACCCUUGUGAGGUAUUGUCCGCUCUGGCCCCCUGACCUCAGGAUUUUGUCCUACAAAAGGCGCCUCAUAAG